GUGCGCCGCGUCUUCCGCGACUUCCAAGCCCUCAACCGGGAGCUGCACAGCUUCGUGUGCGCCAAGGUGGCUCAGCACCGCCAGACCUUCGACCCGCGUGCCCUCCGCGACGUCAGCGACAUCAUGAUUGCUGCUGUGGAGCGUGGUGACAGGCCCCCCGAGGGGCUGGGACCCAAGGACGUGGAGGGUGCCAUGACCGACAUCUUCGGUGCGGGGCAGGACACCACAUCCACGGCGCUCUCGUGGGUCCUCCUGCUGAUGUCGGCCUUCAUCUACGAGACGCUGCGCUACAGCAGCUUCGUGCCCAUCACCAUCCCGCACGCUACCACGGACGAUGUGGAGCUCGAGGGCUUUCACAUCCCCAAGGGCACCGUGGUCUUCAUCAACCAGUGGUCGGUCAACCACGACUGCAGCAAAUGGCCCGACCCACAACGCUUCGACCCCACGCGCUUCUUGGACACGCAGCGGCGCCUGGACCGGGAGCGGGCUGGCAGCGUCAUGAUCUUCUCAUCCGGACAGCGGCGCUGCAUCGGCGACCAGCUCUCCAAGCUCCAGCUCUUCCUCUUCACUGCCAUCCUCCUCCACCAGUGCUCCUUCCAUGCCAACCCGGCGGAGCACCUCACCAUGGACUGCAUCCACGGGCUGGCGCUGAAACCGCGGCCCUUCACCCUCACCGUGCGGCAGAGGCACCCUGCGCUCAUCCAGCCCUGA